AACACUCUCCUCCACAGUUGAUCCUGGGGAAGGACCCGUAGAGUCCACUAUGGCGGCGCCCGAUGGCACUUUAAACUGUGAGGACUAUUCAAUGUUUCAGGAGGUACUGAAGGUGAUGCGCACUAUAGACGACCGCAUUGUCCAUGCCCUGAACACCACUGUGCCCACAGUCUCCUUCUCAGGCAAAGUGGAUGCAACACAAACCUGCAAACAGCUCUAUGAAUCUAUGAUGGAGGCCCAUCUGAGCAGAGACAAAGCUAUCAAGGCUUGUAUAGCUCAAACAUCGGAGGUGGUGGGACAGCUGCGUGAACAAAGAGUAAAAGACAGUGAAAACCUGGCACUAAUCAAACAGCUCAGAAAGGAGCAAACCAAAUUAAAGUUAAUGCAGUCAGAGCUGAACGUAGAGGAAGUUGUCAAUGACAGAAGUCUGAAGGUUUUCAAUGAAAGAUGUAGAAUCCACUACACGCCUCCGAAGGUGAAAUGAAGUUCCGCCACACGAAAGGAGCUCUUUCACUCGAGGUUUAAAUCCAGGCUGGAGCUGAAACUGUGACCUGCUGCUGAGUCCUGACUGCAGGCUGUUCACCAUCCAGACCACUCUGACCUCUUCUCCAACACACAAAUGUAUUCCAUUCUCAUUAUUGUAUUGAAUUACCACCAUUGUAAAACAGUCGCCUGUGUGUUUCUUUCAAGACAAUUAUUGUACAAUUUUUUUUUUGUUUGUUUGUUUUUUUUUUUUUUUUUAAUAAGAGAGUCAAAUGGUUAUCUGUGUUUGGAAUCAUUUGUGAGACCUUUGUAGUGUUUUUUUUUUUUUCUCAUGCAUUGAAUCCAGAGGUUACAGUUUAACAUGAACUGUCUUCAGAUCCUUUUUAUGUUCAUGGCAAAACAAAAGCAAAUUGGUUUGUGGGUCCACAAAUCAGCAGCUCCUGGAUGGAUUACUGUGACAUUUUGUACACGCCUUCAUCAGUUCAUCCCUCAGGAGGAGAUGUAAGAACUUUGAUCAUUGCUUAACUUUCCAUAUAACCUCAUGAGGUCAAAAAUCUGCUUGUCCAGUAAUUUGAUUCAGUGUCAAUCACCAGCAAAAAGAAUGACCCUUCCAUCAGCCUCAAGUGUACCUUAUAAGAGACCAUCAAUCCACCAAAAUAAGUUAUUAUUGUAGGGUCUUUACCCACAAUACAAAGCGCCUUGAGGCGACAGUUUGCUGUGAUUUGGCGCUAUAUAAAUAAAAUUGAAUUGAAUUGAAUUGAAGUUGUCGAGUUUGGUAAGCAUGAUCUUUUAUAUUUGCUUAACAACAGGAGCUGUAUUCACAAACACUGGCAGUUUACUCUUGAAUGCUCCUGUAUUGAUUUGCUAGUUACCAAAAUUCUAGUCAAAUUCUUUCAACAACGGAAGGACUAAACCUUUUAUUUCAGUGAGGAAGUAUGAUUGAUCCUGUUGUCAGGUAUGACACAUUCUAUCAAUAGGUGUUAUUGAUUGAUCACUAUGUUUGCCAACAGAAUAAAUCCAAGCAAUGCAGCGGUCUGUCACAGCCUCCCAUCAGCAGGGUGAUCAUACAAACACCAGCAUUCCUUUCAGCCUCACAUUUUGAUGCAGUUCAUUUCAUUUCCACUGG